AAGCGCGGAAAUAAUGCCUCCGCAUCUUCCUGCUUCUCGGCCGCAGCGCCCGCAACGAUUGCCCCGAAGCCGAACGUUUGGGCACAGAUAUCCGCUGGAGACAAUCUCGCCGUUUGGGACCUGCUGCAUGAUCCAGCGUCCGGGCUAAACCUUACACUUCCCGAUGAGGCCGUCCUCACGGACAACUACGUCUUCUGGAUCGACACUCUGCACACAAACAAGAGCGACGUUCUUCCCUUUCUGGACGGCGACGCCGCGAUGCCGGCUAAGUACGCCCGAGCUAUCAUUUUCGAAGGCGGCAAAGAAGACCCAGAUUCCCAAGAGUACAUGAUCGGCCCUCUGCCUGUAUCGGCGGAAACCAAAAUCCAGAAGCUGGAUUACAUGUACAAUGGCGGUUCUGGCGGAUCCAUGCCUUAUAAUGCCCGUUAUUUCGACGGUCCGAGGACUACGGCCAGUGAUGCAUUGGUCGCUUCGGUCAUGUCGAAUAUAUCCGAUAUCACUGCGGCGCUUUUCCAAGGCGGUGUGUAUUACGGGGCCAGCGAUGAGAGGACUAAUUUGUCUUCCACUUCCGGAACCCCGAUAUCCUUUGACGGCAGCCAGGCUUUCCGCAAUAUCAUGUUCCGCUUUCCAGGACCGGCAAGCUAUAUGACUCCCUUGGACUUCUUCUUGCUUAUCGACUGUACUGGCACCGAUCCUUCUCUUUACUCGCUAAAGGGCUUUGUCACGGGGGAGAAGUUCUAUGCUACCAUCGAGGAUCUUCGAGCUGCGUUUGAGGCCGGCGAGCUGGCUAUGGAGUACGAUCAAACACUGGACGCUGAUUGGGCACUGGUCGAUUAUAAGCCGGAGAUGGGCGUACGGGAGCUGGAUGAGAGGCUUGCGCCGAGCACGCUGGAGAUUGGUGGGAAGAGGUAUAAGCUUGAUAAGGAGAACCAGUAUGUGGAGUACAUGGGCUGGUCUUUCUACAUAUCGUUUACUCGAACAUUGGGCAUUAUGUUUUAUGAUAUCAAGUUCAAAGGAGAGCGGAUCUUAUAUGAGCUCUCCAUGCAAGAGGCAACCGCUCAGUAUGGAGGAAACCAGCCGAAGGCAGCCAAUACUGUCUAUCAUGACACAUACUACUCCCUUGGAACGGACAUGGGCGUCCUAGUAGAAGGCUUCGACUGCCCUUGGGGCUCAACAUUUUGGAAUUUGUCUUACCAUGAAGGAAACACGACAGUGACCAAUGUGGAUUCCCUCUGCAUCUUCGAAACCGACAUGAACUUCCCUUUGUCACGCCACCGCACCGGAUCCAGCAAUGAUUAUGGCUUCACCAACCUUGGAACUGUCAAGGGCGCCGCGUUGAUAGUCCGCGCGAUUGCGACCGUCGGCAAUUAUGACUACAUGUUCGACUACGCAUUCCAUAUUGACGCCUCUCUAGAAGUCAUCGUCCGUGCCUCAGGCUACCUGCAGUCCUCAUUCUACUACCCCGAUCAAGGCAAAUGGGGUCCACGCAUCCAGCAAGCCACUCAAGGCUCGCUUCACGACCACAUCAUUACUUUCAAGGGCGACUUCGACAUCGUUGGCACAGGAAACUCCCUCCAGGUCUCCGACCUCAAAGCCGUCAAUCAGUCUCAGCCGUGGUUCCCCGAACUCGGCGAAUUUGAGCAGAUGGAGAUGGAUAUCUACAAUAUGAAAGAGGAGACGCGGUUCAACUGGGCCGCCAAUAAUCAAGCCAUGUUUACCAUCAUCAACCCGAACGCGACGAAUGUGUGGGGAACAGCUAGGGGCUAUCGCGUCGUUCCCGGACGAUCGAACAUUCACCUCUCGACCUUGAACUCACUGUGGUCACUCAAGAACUGCGAGUUCAGCAAGACGCAUCUUGCUGUGUCGCGGCAGCACGAUACGGAGCCGUAUGCGAACUCGGUGCAGAAUAUCAACUUACCUUGGGCACCUCAGCAGGACUUUAGCAAGUUCUUCGAUGGUGAGAGCGUGGAUAACGAGGACCUCGUUCUUUGGUUUAACCUUGGCAUGCACCACUUUACGCGGAGUGAGGAUGUACCGGUUACGCUGUAUACCGAGGCAUAUAGCAGCAUCGUCUUCUCGCCACAGAAUUUCUUUGACAGGGCUCAAGAUGGAGAUAUGCUCAAUCGGCGAUGGAUCGAAGUUGAUGAUGAAGGGCAGUUGACGUUUGAGACGUAUGGCGUGGGAUUGGAGACCUGUGCCGUGCAGCUGGAGGAGCCGGUCGAGCAUGUGGGUGGCGUAGUCGAAGGCUGA